UCCCGUCUGCCAUAAAGCUUAACCAAGGAGGUAGUUAUGUUAUGAGUUGUUGGUUGGUUGGCUGGCUGGUCGCGAAAUCCAUUUGCCGAAUGCAGCGCCCAGGCGCCAGGCGCCCAAUCGUUCGUUCCCUUGUUUCCCCCAGAUUAUUCCGUUCCCCCCCAGGAUUUCCCUCCCCCAGAUUGUUUUGACUUGGGUUGUUUAAGGUUCCCGGACUAAAUCUCAUGGAAAAAAAGGGAAUCACCAAUGAGCGCAACGCAAUUUCCUUAUCUCUCUCUCUCCAAAUGUCACAUAGAAAACGUUAUCCCAAUUUGUCGUACUUGCCGUUAUCUAUGGCCAUACUGGUUGGAACUUCGCCCAUUGUCACACAUGGCGUCAUGCGCGUCAUAGUGUGUAUCGUGCACCACCACCCUGGACUCCCCUGGCGGGGGACAAGUGAGACGAUUGGGACGACGGGACACGGUAGGAAAGUGAUAACUCGCAGGGCUACGGACGGCGAUGAUGGCCUUUCAGAAAAGCUUGGCCUGCCGCUUCGGCCAGUAAGAAGGGGGCGGGCCGGCUUAUCUAGGAUUUUUUGUCCAUGCGUAUAGAGUAUUUAGGGAAAAGGCGGUAUUGCUGUGGGGUAACUCCCAGAGUAUAUAUGACCUUGUGAGGGCCCAACCAGGAG